GUACGGACUGUGCCGUCUUCAAUGACCACAAAUGAAAUCCAAAGACAGACCAGUGGUUAUGAUGACCCCUGGAAAAUCACAGAUGAACAAAGACAGUAUUACAUAAACCAGUUUAAGACCAUUCAGGCUGAUCUCACUGGUUUCAUCCCUGGUUCAGCCGCGAAGGAAUUCUUUACGAAGUCGAAACUGCCUAUUCUUGAACUGUCUCACAUUUGGGAGCUAUCAGAUUUUGAUAAAGAUGGUGCACUGACCCUUGAUGAGUUUUGUGCUGCGUUCCAUCUUGUGGUCGCCAGGAAAAAUGGUUAUGACCUUCCUGAAAAGCUCCCCGAGAGCCUAAUGCCAAAGCUUAUUGACUUGGAUGACUCAGCAGGAGUUCCAGAACCAGAUCCUGAAGUGGGCUUUUCUGCUUCUCCAGUGGAGGUUACUCCAAAUAAAUCUCCUUCCAUGCCUUCCCUGAACCAGAACUGGCCUGAGCUCAACCAGAGCAAUGAGGAUACAGCAAUAGUCCACCCUGUGCCCAUUCGUAUGACACCCAGCAAGAUCCACAUGCAAGAGAUGGAGCUCAAGAGAACUGGAAGCGAUCACACACAUCCAACAAGCCCGUUAAUGGCGAAACCACCAGAACUUUCUGAGGAGACCAAGUUAGCAGCAGCUAUUAAAUUUCCUGGUACCACUGUUGGAGAUGGCUAUAGCAGCUCAGAUUCAUUUACAUCUGAUCAGGAGCCCAUUUCCAGUGCUGUGAACAGACAAAGGUCUCACUCUGGCACCUCCCCGGAAGGACUGAAGGUUGUGGCUCCGCCUCCACCUCCGCCACGCAUCAUUACCUCUCACUCACGAUCCUCCUCUCUAGACAUGAACAGAAACUUUGCUGCUGUCCCUGCAGGUCCACAACAGCCAGGUGUAGUUGCCUUUCCCCCAGCAGUCCCUCCCAGACCACUGCCCACACAGACAUCAGUGCCACAUGGUCACCGUUCGGUAGAGGGAGAUGGUCUUCCGUCACAUACCAGCACGUCACCCCAGCAGAUGCCAGAACAACCCAACUUUGCUGACUUCAGCCAGUUUCAGGUUUUUGCUGUCGACCAGCCGGCAGAUGAUGGAGAGAAACCAUCUGACAGUGGACAGGCAGAGAGAAGUGCAGAAACCACCGGGACGAUGAGAACAGCAAAGAAUGAAGUUCAGGCAGAGGAACGAAAUGCAACUUCUGUCAACUCUGCCAAAGUAUCCACUCCACUGGCCCCACCCCCUAAACCUGUUCGUCGAAGACUGAAAUCAGAAGAUGAGCUCAGACCAGAUGUUGAGGACCUUCCGCAAAAGUCUACCGUCAUAGCCACUGUUCUAGCAACCCAGCCCUCAAUUCCACGGUCUAUCGGUAAAGAUAAGAAGGCCAUCCAGGCUUCCAUUAGAAGAAACAAAGAAACAAAUACGGUUUUAGCCAGACUCAACAGUGAAUUACAGCAACAGUUGAAGGACCUGCUAGAAGAAAGAAUAUCGCUUGAAGUGCAACUGGAACAGCUUAGACCAUUUUCGCAUUUGUAAAAAAAAGAGUGUUCAGAUUGAAUGUUUAUGUGUACGAAAGAGUGAUUACCCCCGGUUUUUUUUUUUUUUUUUUGGAGUGGUCUCUUGGAUCCUCUGGCAGGAUGUCCAUUUCACCCUUUCUCCACUCCUCUGCUGACUGUGUGAGAAGAGACACGAUCGCUGCUUCCUCCAGACUGUUCUGUCUCACACAGCCAUUCAGAGGGAUGGGGUCCAGGAACAAUAUCCGUUUAUGGCACUUUGAUGAAACAAAGUCUGUGUAGUUGUGUGUGUAAUACCCCAGACAUUGCAGGUUCUGUUUAGCAUGUGAGGCAAGAGCCUGACGUCAUGGCUGGCAGGAGGCUGUAAUUCUGGUAAACAUGAAGGAGCCUCUUCCCCUCCUGUUCUCCAGAGUCCUGAGGCAGCUUGUCAUGUUCUUCCAUGUUAGAAGCACCCGUGUGUGCUCAGACAAUCAUGUUAGGCCAUGCACUGGUCGUAAAGAGGGGAGAACUGAUUUUUGGGAGAUCAUUCUAUUUCAGAAGUACGCUUUAGAAAACUGAUUCUGACAUGCACUUGUUAAAGGGACAGUACACUAAAAAAAUGUAAAUUCAUCCUCAAGUCUUAACAAACCCAUAUGACUUCUCAUUAAAAUCGAAAAGAGUGGCCAGGAUAUUCUUCAAAAAUGUACCUUUUCUGUCACAUGAAAGAAAGAAAGAAAAUCUUAUGGGUUUUGAGCAAAUGACAGAAUUGUUUUUUUUUUGGAUGAAUUGCCCUUUUAAUAUUUCUUCUUUGCCAUAUCGGUGGACAGCACAGCUGUGUGUGUUUGUUUCAUGUGCGUGAGAGAGUUCGAGGAUGACGGUUACAAAUGUAUGUCAUCAAAAACGGCUUUCUUUUCUUCUCUUAACACACACUGUUGUGUUACUACAGAGCAACCUGUUCAACCGUGUACAGUUUUUCACCCCGAGAUAGCAGAUGUCCCUCUCUCAGUCUCAAAUGUUGACUGUACCUCAUGUAGUACAUCAUCUGAUUCAGUCCUGCACCAUAAAUUCAGUGCCAUCAUCAGUAUGUAAACCUGAGACCUGAAACAAUGACUGCACUUCCUCCACUUCGGCUUCCAUCGGUCUUUUCUCGUCACUGUUUUUGCAUGUCGUUCACAACCUCAUUUUGUAUAAAACGGCUCUUUACGAUGAACCACUUGAUUUGUAUCCGUAACGUCUGAACUAAUGUGACGGUUGUGUUGUUACAUAGACUUGCACCAUAUCUUUCAUCCGUUCAUUUGUUUUGACUGAUGUCUGUUUUUCUUUACUCCUCCUUAAAGCCUUAGGUUCUGGUGUGCAGGUUUUCACAGUAAUGUGCCCCCCCCCCCCCCCCCCCCCAUGAGCCUUUUCUUCCUGCAGUUCAGGCUGAUUUACUGUAUCAGGGGUAUGUUGUAUAUUGUAUGAUACACACCUUUUGAUCUCAUAUGUAAAUUUGCAUUAAUUGCUGACUAACAGCAAAUAUUCUAUUUAAUUGCUUAUAUAAUGGCUGUGGGAUCAUAAAUGUUUAACUGCAUGGAUGUGUCUCUGCAGAAUGAACUAGCAGCUGUGUGAUUUUUACACAAAAUAAAAAUGGCACAAUAUUUUAAUAAUUUCCUUUUUUUGUCAAGUGCUCCAACUGUUUUCCGAUAUAUUCACAGUUUCUCUUACUCCAUUUGUCUUAUUUCUUGUUACAGAAAUAGCAUCAAUCUCUUGCUUUAUAAGAGGUUACUUAACAACUCAUUAGCAUCUGUCUUUAUCACAGAGUAGUUAUUGCAUUCGUUUAGCUGAUUUGUUAAAAAAUGAUUCAAGAACAAACGAGGGACUGCUGUCUUUAUGAGCGACUCAAUUUUCACUUUGAUUUGUUCAAAAACCCUGAUACUGUAACACCGCUAAUAUGUGUGUUGCUUGAAGACCCAAUGGUUGAUUCCGUUUUGACUUUGUGUGGAACCGUUUCGUUGGUGGAGUAAAAAACAGUCAAUAUUAUUUAGAUGCAUAUUGUGUCGAAAAUAUAAGUUACUGUUAACUUCCAGUAUGUUAAACCGAUGUAUAAAAGCAAUAUCACACUCUGUCA